GCUGCUUCUGCUUGUGGUUGUGCGUGUUCAUGCUCCUGAUAUACCAGUGAAGUAUGUACUUCAUAAAUGUCUACAAAGGGUAGGGGAGCAGAGCAGAAUUCCACAGCUGAAGAGGUAUUAGUGGUGAACCCUUCCAUGUUAGGAUUGAGGUGUUGCUUUGCUGUGAAGAAAGUAGGAAUGAAGACUUUGACUAGAGGAGGAGCUGAGGAAAAAAGGCCGGAGCUGAGAUGAAGGUUCUGAAGGAUGACUGACGUGGGUUUCGGUGAUGCCACUUAGAGCCUCUGUCACUGAGGGCUGAUAAGUAACCUGCAGAUUUCACUGUACGACGCAGGGAGAAAGCAUCAGGAGUGCCACUUCGUUUGAGCUCCUUAAGUGGACGAAAGUACAGUGUCAUCUAUCUGCAAGGGAAGAUUCUUCAACAGAUUUUUACAGCUAAUAAUAAAGGCAACAUAGCAUCAUCCACCUUCCUGAUUUACAGUGCAUCACCUUCCAAGACAGAUGGUCUGUCAAAAGCUGUAGGAUGCCUGCAGAGCACACAAUAAUGAAGUAGUGAGUUGAUAUCGCUGCUGCUGCCUAAUUGUCAGGAUCACAGCUGAGAGCUGCGCUGCCCUUUUUCUGCUCCCUUAAUCGGGCCAGGAACAGCAGGGUGGACAUGGCUGGCCUCCUUAACAACCUGCUAAUACUCCUUGUUUUUCAAAACAGCUGUUUGGGUUUCAGGAGCCCACUUUCUGUCUUCAAGAGGUAUAAAGAUACUACUAGGUCUCUUUCCAAUGAAUGCCUUGGAAGCAACAGGCCAGUGAUUUCACUUGGUCUGUCAGAUUUUGCACUGGACAUUCGCAUGCCUGGGGUGACUCCUAAGCAGUCUGAUACCUACCUCUGCAUGUCAGCACCUCUGCUGGUGGAUGAUGAAGCCUAUGUAGUUGACUUUAAACCUCAUGCCAGCAUGGACACUGUCCAUCACAUGUUACUCUUUGGAUGUAAUGAACCCUCUUCUACUGAAAAUUACUGGGACUGUGAUGAAGGAACAUGCAAAGACAAAUCUAAUAUUUUGUAUGCUUGGGCAAGAAAUGCUCCACCUACCAGGCUGCCCAAAGGUGUCGGAUUCAGAGUUGGAGGAGAAACAGGAAGCAAAUACUUUGUGCUCCAGGUACACUAUGGCGAUAUCAGUGCGUUUAGAGAUAAACACAAGGACUGCUCUGGUGUAACUUUACAUCUGACACAUCAAAAGCAGCCUUUGAUUGCUGGAAUGUAUCUUAUGAUGUCUGUGAACACUGUAAUACCACCAGGUGAGAAAGUGGUUGAUGCAGAUAUUGCCUGCCAUUACAAAAGAUUUCCAAUGCACCUUUUUGCCUACAGAGUUCAUACACACAGACUAGGUAAGGUAGUAAGUGGAUACAGAGUGAGAAAUGGUCAAUGGACACUGAUUGGUAGACAAAGUCCACAACUACCACAGGCGUUCUAUUCAGUGGAGCAUCCUGUAGAUGUUCACUUUGAUGAUAUUCUAGCAGCUAGAUGCGUGUUCAGUGGUGAAGGCAGAACUACCGAGACACAUAUAGGGGGAACAGCCAAUGAUGAAAUGUGUAAUUUUUACAUUAUGUACUAUAUGGAAGCCAAACAUGCUGUCUCAUAUAUGACCUGUACACAGAAUGCAAACCCUGAGAUGUUCAGGAACAUACCACAGGAGGCAAAUACUCCUAUUUUGGUCAAGUCUGAUAUGCUAAAGAUGACACAUGGACAUCAUGAAGAAAGCAAGGAUGCUGAUAAAAAUUCCUUGCAGCAACAGCCCAAAAGAGAAGAGGAGGAGGUUUUGGAUCAGGGUGAUUUCUAUUCACUCCUUUCCAAGCUGCUAGGAGAAAGGGAAGAUGUUGUUCAUGUGCAUAAGUAUAACCCUACAGAAAAGGCAGAAUCAGAUCUUGUAGCUGAGAUUGCUAAUGUAGUCCAAAAGAAGGAUCUUGCCAGAGAGGUCACAAAUCACGAUGAGAGGGACAAUGCUAUUCUUGUCAGAGACAGAAUUCACAAAUUUCACAGACUAGAAUCUACCUUGAGGCCACCAGGGAACAGACAUUUCUCUGUACAACAACCUAAACAUGGUGAGGGAAGCUGGGAAAAAGAACAUACAGGAGAUUUCCACAUAGACGAGGUUGUGGACUGGCCUGGGUUAGACCUCAAACUAGGCCAAGUUUCUGGGUUGGCCCUGGACCCUGAAAAUAACCUUGUUGUCUUCCACAGAGGUGAUCACGUUUGGGAUGAAAACUCUUUUGACAGCAAAUUUGUUUAUCAACAACGAGGAGUUGGACCAAUUGAACAGAACACAAUUCUGGUGCUGAAUCCAAGUAAUGCUCAACUGCUUCAUUCCAUGGGCAAAAAUCUAUUUUAUUUACCACAUGGUUUGAGCAUAGACAAAAAUGGUAACUACUGGGUCACUGAUGUAGCACUCCAUCAGGUUUUCAAAUUGGGAGCAGAUGAUAAAGAACCAUUACUGAUCUUAGGAACGGCUCUGCAACCGGGCAGUGACAAAAAUCACUUCUGUCAACCAACUGAUGUGGCUGUGGAUCCAAUCACUGGCAGUAUUUAUGUAUCCGAUGGCUACUGUAACAGUCGAAUUGUUCAGUUCUCUCCAAACGGGUUGUACAUCAAGCAGUGGGGAGAAGAGACUUCGUUAGACAGAGCCAGACCUGGGCAGUUCCAUAUCCCUCACAGCUUAACCCUGGUCCCCGACUUCAGUCAGCUGUGCGUUGCCGACAGGGAAAAUGGUCGAAUCCAGUGCUUUACGUUAGAGACUGGGGAGUUUGUAAGAGAGAUCAAGCACAAAUCGUUUGGAAGAGAGUUGUUUGCAGUUUCCUAUGUUCCAGGUGGCCUCCUCUUUGCAGUUAAUGGGAUGCCUUAUCCUGGAGAGGCAGAACCAGUGCAAGGAUUUGUGAUGAACUUUUCUACCGGAGAAAUAAUUGAUACUUUCAGUCCUGUUAGAAAGACCUUUGAGAUGCCACAUGAUGUUGUUGCUUCGGAAGAUAAAACAGUAUUUGUUGGAGAUGUUCACGCCAGAACAGUGUGGAAGUUCACAUCCACAGAAAAAAUGGAACAUCGAUCAGUUAAAAAGGCUGGUAUUGAGGUACAGGAAGCGAAAGAAACGAUUAUAGAAACCAGACUGAAAAACAGCCCAGAAUCAACAGAGCCUCUAAAGGAGGAGGAAAAACAGCAUUUGGUCCGACAGACCAGCACUGGAGUUUCCUUUAUUCUUAUUACAACUCUUCUAAUUAUCCCUAUCAUUGUCCUGCUGGCAAUUUUAGUAUUUAUUCGGUGGAGGAAGACAACAGUCUAUGGAGGCGAUGCAGAACACAAACUUGAUUCAAGUUCAGGCAGAAUUUUAGGCCGACUUAGAGGGAAAGGUGGUGGUGGCCUUAACCUUGGUAACUUCUUUGCAAGUCACAAAGGCUACAGCAGAAAGGGGUUUGACCGGCUCAGCACUGAAGGAAGUGAUCAAGAAAAAGAUGAAGAUGAUGGCACGGAUUCGGAAGAAGAAUAUUCAGCACCUCCACCCCCACCAGCACCUUCAUCAUCCUGAAACCAGCCUUUGAGUUCUCCAUUAUAUGAUUCAACCCAGAAUGUCAGAUUCCUUUUCCCUUGAGCACGUUUAAAAUUUUGUGUAUUUAAUUGUAAACUGUACUAGUCUGUGUGGGGCUGUACACUGGUUCCUUUAUUUUUUGUUCAGGUUUAAUUCUGUUUGUUUUUUUUAAGUGGAGGAGUGUAUGGAAGUUUCAUAUCAGUGCCGUUGUUUUUAUGUGAACAUCUUAAUAAAGCAAACAGUCUUCUUUUAAUUGCAGCACUGAUUUAAAGCAGUAGUAUUUUCUCAUCUCAAUUUUGGGACCUUUUCUGUAUUUGUAAAUAAGUCCCAUUAAUCUGCUUUAUCCAAAUAUUUUUCCCCAUAACUCUUCAGUUGCCAUAUUUUUUUUGUGCCUUUCCUCUUCAAUGUCCUUAACCUGUUGCAGUACAGAGAAAAUACAGUGCCACAAGAAAAUGAAGCUGCUAAAUCUUCUUCUAUUUUUUUAAAAUCACUAACAUUAUAUUGCAUUGAAGGAAAGAAAAAAGUAUCUAUUUAAUUUUUUUCUUCUUCCUGACUUGAUGUGUUUCCGGGAUGUCUUAUUUUUAGAUGGUAUCACUGUUAGAACACUAUUUUCCAAAGCUGAAUGUAAUUUGUGUAAUAAAGUGUUCGCAGAGCAUUA